GAGUGUUGCAGGGUUGGGGGUGUGGGAAAGGGAAAAAGGCCAGCGGCUGGCCCAGUCUGCUUCCGAUUCUGCUUCGUCAUGAUGCCGGCUUAAUGCUCCUCUUGUUUGAAAGGGAUUGAGCUGCAGUGAGCGAGAGCGAGGUGGAAGAGCAGACACACACGAACACACCCCGGGCUGGCCGCACGCUAUCAGCUGGAGGUGGGGAGAGAGCGGGGAGCCGGCGGCCGCCCGCUGUCCUGCCCACCCACCUGCCAGACACAGACUCCCCAGCACAGGGAUCCAGGCACCAGGCUUGUGGAGGAGCCGCGUGGGGGCUAGGGAGGGGGAGCCCAGUAGGGUAGGUCCCCUCCUUCGCCAGCUCCCCACCACCACACCCCAGCCGGCUUUUUUUCCUGCUAUUUGUGCUCUGAGAAAGCACAGCUGAGUUCCUGGAAGAGAUGCCUGCUACAACCUAGGACAGCCUGGGACCUGGGCCUGCGCCUGUCCCUGCCCGGCCUUGGGGCUCAGGGUGUCUGGGCCAAACUGGGAACAGAUGAGAAACAUGAGACACAGAGAGGGCCCUGCACUCGGCCAGCAGCCUGGAGAGUCGCCGAGGGAUGAGGACGCUACAGCCCAGUGGGACGCCCUUUCUGCACUCGCGGCCCCGAGCGCGCAGCGCCCAGAAGCCAGGCCGAGCCUGACGCCCUGUCGUCUCCCCUUGCGCACAGGGAUCUACGAGUGACCCGACCAGUCAUCUCCCUGCUGCAUGGAACGGCUGCAGAAGCAACCACUUACCUCCCCCGGGAGCGUCAGCUCCUCCCGAGGCUCCAGUGUUCCCGGCUCUCCCUCCAGCAUCGUGGCCAAGAUGGACAAUCAGGUGCUGGGCUAUAAGGACUUGGCCGCCAUCCCCAAGGACAAGGCCAUCCUGGACAUCGAGCGGCCUGACCUCAUGAUCUACGAGCCCCACUUUACCUACUCUCUCCUGGAACACGUGGAGCUGCCCAGAAGCCGGGAGCGCUCACUGUCACCCAAAUCCACAUCCCCCCCACCAUCCCCAGAGGUGUGGGCGGACAGCCGGUCCCCUGGAACCAUCUCUCAGGCGUCAGCCCCAAGAACCACUGGGACCCCCCGGACCAGCCUGCCCCAUUUCCACCACCCUGAGACCACCCGCCCAGAUUCCAACAUCUACAAGAAGCCACCCAUCUACAAGCAGAGAGAGUCCAUGGGAGGCAGCCCUCAGAGCAAGCACCUCAUCGAGGACCUCAUCAUCGAGUCAUCCAAGUUCCCUGCGGCCCAGCCACCUGACCCCAACCAGCCAGCCAAGAUCGAAACCGACUACUGGCCAUGCCCGCCAUCGCUGGCCGUUGUGGAGACAGAAUGGAGGAAGCGGAAGGCAUCGCGGAGAGGGGCAGAGGAGGAGGAGGAAGAGGAAGAUGAUGACUCUGGGGAGGAGAUGAAGGCUCUCAGGGAGCGUCAAAGAGAGGAACUCAGUAAGGUUACUUCCAACUUGGGAAAGAUGAUCUUAAAAGAGGAGAUGGAGAAGUCAUUGCCUACCCGGAGGAAAGCCCGUUCCCUGCCCGACCGGACGCCCUUCCAUACCUCCUUGCACACAGGAACAUCUAAGUCAUCUUCUCUCCCCGCCUACGGCAGGACCACCCUGAGCCGGCUACAGUCUACAGACUUCAGCCCUUCUGGGAGUGAGACCGGAAGCCCAGGCCUGCAGAACGGAGAGGGCCAGAGGGGGAGGAUGGACCGGGGGAACUCCCUGCCCUGUGUGCUGGAGCAGAAGAUAUAUCCCUACGAAAUGCUGGUGGUAACCAAUAAGGGGCGAACCAAGUUGCCUCCGGGUGUGGAUCGCAUGCGACUAGAGAGGCACCUGUCUGCAGAGGACUUCUCCAGGGUAUUCGCCAUGUCUCCCGAAGAGUUUAGCAAGCUGGCUCUGUGGAAGCGGAACGAACUCAAGAAGAAGGCCUCUCUCUUCUGACCGUCCCCACGCUCUGUGACUGCCCCUCAUCCCUGCUGCUUCAGGGCCCUGGAGCUGGGUCACUAGACCCCAAAGCAUCAUCUCUUGGGGAAGCAGGGAGAUGGGCACAGGUGGUGUUGGCUCCAUUCCUAGUCCAGGGGAGCACAGGCCUCUCAGUGCUGGGUUGUGGGACAUGGACGUUUCUCCCAUAAUGAGCCGGGGGCCUCCCCUCAUCCCUGGUCCUCACUGCACAGGGCAAAUCCAGGCUGGACUCCAGCACACACAGAGUUAGUGUCUGCGCCCAAUCCCUACCCCUCUCCCCCUAUGAAAAGAGGUCCCCAGAAGAGUGAGAGUGAGGUGAUGUGCACAUGGCACUAGGAGGCCACGCCUCCGUGUCUUGACCAGUGGGUGGUGGAACCCUCGGGCCUGGCAGGAGGAGGUAAGGGCGGGAAUCAGCAGGCAGGCAGGGAGAGCUCCAGGCCCCUGUGUCUGCCCAGCAUUCCUCCCCUCACCAGAGCUUCCCCCACACCUGGGCCUCCUGCCUCUGACUCCAGGGGGAGGCGCCCUGCCCUCCAGCUCACCCAGUUCUCUCCUCGCAAAUCCUACGCUUCGAAGCCUCAUGCUCAGCCCUGUGGCUUCCCCAGAAGCCUUGGCUUAGAGUGGAGAUGUUGCCUAUGUAGAACCCCAGCCCCCCAUCAACCUCUGGGCAAAGCCAGCUAGAAUCCUACCUUCUGGCACCCAGGUCCUAGGCAGAACCAGGCCUUGGGGCUCCCUCGGAUGGGAUCAAGAGGCCAGGCUGAGUGUCCUGGCUACCAGGUCUCACCCACACCCAUGCAUCCCCCACCAUGCUCUCUAAAGAAUGUAAUUUAUUGGGGCACCCCCAGCUGCUUGCCUCACCUAAUUCUCUGCCCUACCUUAAUCACACACCCAGCUUUUCUUCUCUACAAAUACAUAUGUGUAUAUAAUUAUAUAUAUAUUUUUGCCCAGGUCUGGGUUUUCUUCCUGCCCAGACCUUGGCUUCCCUUUCCACUGUGUGUGUGAUGCUGGGGGAGGGGAACUCUGCUUGGAAUUAAAAGGUUGCAUUGGGUCCCCAAA